AUGGUUAAAAUUUAUCUCGCCAGUACACCAGGUGCCUCUUCGUACAUAAUCGGCAAUCAAAACAUCGAAAAACAAGAUUUCCCUAUAUCUAAUCUGUUCUUUAGAUAUCAACACAAUAGAACGGGCUGGUUAAGUAAUGAUAACAUUCAAGUAUAUGAGAAAUAUAGUUGGAGCGGUUCGUUUGUUACUUUGAAGGCUACGGGAGUUUAUGAUGGUUAUUCAGUUAAACAUGAACAUGUUUACUUUAACAAAUAUAAUGAAGGGGUGCCUCUUGUACUAGUAAUAUUUUUCACCGGUCGAGGAAAUGUUAAGAAUAAGUUUUACAGAUUGGCAGGUUUCAAACAAGACUUGGGGAACACCAAGGACAUUGAGGAACUGGAAGAUUAUACAACCGAUGAAAACAUGUUGACUGCUUUACUUGAGGAAAACGAUAAAAUAGAAACCAUUUUAACAUACAACAUAGGACUUACUGAAGGCACUGGUGAGGACAAAGAUACCUAUAAUGGGCAGAAAAUUAAGUUGACUAAAUUGACAAGUAAUCCAGAGGACGACGAAGAUCAAAAGAGUUUGUUGAAGGCAUUUGAAGGAGAUGUUUUCAGAAUUUAUACACACAAGUCUUUAAAUUUAAGGAGCCCAAAUAAAUACUGUUAUAUCUACAAACAACAGCUUCUGAUUGAUGAAAAAAAACAACCUAUUAGAAAUUUGAUAAAUAAUAAUUACAUCUUGACAGUAUAUUUUAGUGUUGUAAACAAACCAUUGAUUAUAGAAUUUUCUAAACAGGGCAGUGACAAAAAGAGCAAUCUGUAUUAUUAUUUAAAAGAAUCAGAUGAUGGGACAGAAUACUGGGAACAAAUAAAACAGGGAUCUGUGUUAGAUGUUGAAAUUACCGAUGAUAAAAUUUAUGAACAACUAACAUCGAAUGAUUACGAGAAAUUGUUAUCAUUGCUGAGAACAUUGAACAACAAAUGUACUAAAACGAUUUUUUUUAUGCUUGAUGCACAAAAGGAUCCAUAUGGAAAGAGUGAAAUAGGAUUAGCCUUUGAUGAAUACAGCAAUUACAAAAUGAUAAACAAUGACGAAAUAACUGUCGAGGAAAAAAAGGAUGAUAAUGUCAAGUGUAUUACUGAUAAAAAAUUCAUAGUAAUUGAACAUGAUUUUAGUCAAAUUGCUUCAAGUAUAGAGAAUAAUGAAGUGGCUGAAUUAAAGUUUAUUAUUCCAAAUGCUAAAGAUAAACACUCCAUAGUAACUUUGUACAAGGAUGACAAAGCUAAAGAGAUCGAUAGUUUAAUGUAUUCAAAAGGCAAAAAAAGAUUGUACACAUAUUUUUACGGACAUGAUUUUAGAACACUACUACUUUGUUAUAAUGGCCAAGCUUAUAAACCUAAAGACUUGAAUGAGUAUCAAUUUAAGUGGGUUAAGGACAAUAGCAUAGGUAGUUGUUGUUGUGAUGGAAGUACUACUGGUUUGAUAAACACACUCACUAAUGUCACCAGUUUUUUAAACGUCGUUAACUUAAACGUAAGACCUGAUCCUGGUAGUGAAAAUAAAACAUAUGACAUUUAUAAACUUGGUGACAAACAAAUACAAAUCAGAGUUAAAGUUGGUGAACCAGUUGGAUGCUAUAAAGUAUACGUUCAUGAACCUAAUGAAGAAGGUUAUAGGCUAGGAAAUAUCGAAUACAAAGAAGGUUUCGAUGAAAUAAAGGGAAGCAUAAGUUACGAAUCAAAUUGGAACUCAUACGGUUACCUUGGAAGAGUUUUUGUAUACUACUAUAACCUUGAUGAAGAAUACAGGUAUCCCUUAAUAGUAGUCCUGGAGUUCAAAAACAAUUUUAAGAGCAUUUUUAAGCAAUAUCAAUUAUCCAGUAUUAAUUAUAAAUGGUCACAAACUUAUGGAUUCGAAUAUAAUGAAAAUAAACUUUUACAGGAUUUAUACAUUUUGACCAAAAGAUUCAAUCUUAAAGAUUAUAAAGACCAUGAGUCAGAAUGUUUAGGGAAAAACAAACACAUAGGAGCAAUAAUAGGAACCGUUGUGCCAACAACAUUAGUUACAGGUGGCAUUGCGGUAGCAUUUUAUUUGAAUCCUAAUGUAUUUUUUUACAUAUAUAGAUGGUUAAUUUAA